UUUGUUUUUAGCAUGACGGGGACACAAGUUGUGCGCAAAGAAAAACUAUUUUAACAUUCUUAUAGUUUUAAAAAAAAAAUAAGUUGAAAGGGUUCUCGUAAUUAUCGCCUUUCUCAAAAACUACCAUCAAGAGUCUAAAUUGGAGUUGUGUGGCGAUGCCGGUGCACCGUGACCGAGAGAAAAAGGAGAGUGUAGCAGAGGAGAUGGAGGUAGAAGAACUGGAGCAUGAAGCUUCCAGCUCAGAGGAGGAGGAAUCUGACUCCUCUUCUGUCUCUGAGGAUGGAGACACUUCUGAAAUGGAUGAGGAGGAUUGUGAACGGAGGAGAACGGAGUGCCUGGAUGAAAUGUCCAACCUGGAGAAACACUUUAACAGUCUGAAGGACCAGUUGUAUCGAGAGCGACUCAGCCAGGUGAACUGCAAGCUGGCGGAGGUCGAGGCCGGACGAGCAGCAGAAUACCUCGAUCCUCUGGCGGUACUGCUGGAGAACAUGCAGGUCCGCACUAAAGUGGCAGGUAACUUCAGUUCGCUUACAAAUCCUUCUACUCCUCUCACGGUGUUCAGUCUCGCAGCCUGUAAUUUUCCUCUGUCAGGUAUUUACCGAGAGCUGUGUCUGGAUUCUGUGAGGAACAAGUACGACUGUGAAAUCCAGGCUGCGUGCCAACACUGGGAGAGUGAGAAACUGCUGCUGUUUGAUACAGUGCAGAGCGAGCUGGAGGAGAAAAUUAGGAGACUGGAGGAGGACAGACACAGCAUCGACAUCACAUCAGAGCUGUGGAAUGAUGAGCUGUCUGGAAGGACGAAAAGGCAAGACGCUUUAAGUCCAGAUAAGAAGAGGAGGCGACCUUCUGUGGUUUCUGGUCCAUAUAUUGUCUAUAUGCUGCCAGAUUUGGACAUCCUAGAGGACUGGACAGCUAUCAGAAAGUCUGUUGCUACCUUGGGCCCUCACAGAGUGAAGGUUGACGCGGACAGCUGCUUAUUCCCCUUCCGAUCUGACAAAAAUCGGCCGAUUCUCAACUGCUGAGAAGCCCAUACAUACGUUUAAAAUCGCAUAAGGACUUCGGCGUACAAGCAGACAUACGAGGGACACUAAUCUGAAUGUUUCUACUCCCCAAAUCUGGUGGCGAUUAAAAGUUAAUAUUUUAAGCUGCCAGUCAUGCAGGUUUUUCUGCACAAUAGAAAAUCUCCAACAUUAGUGAUCCUUUCAGACAGAUGUGGCUGCUUUGGUUUAGUCUCAGGCUUUUACAUAUGUAAACGGCAUCUUCAUUUGUCUGAUUUUGUAAAGGAAAAAAAACAAAACAACAAAAAUACAUGAAACUCAAAGCAAUCACUAAGAGUUGGUUUGAAGUUCUUCACCGUUAAAGCAGUACAAACAGUUCUCCCACUCAAGCUACUUGGCUUGAGUCAGUUCUUUUCUAGGAAACUGUCCUUUAAGAGGAGUAAUAAUGAGUGAAUAGUUAGUGUUAGUUUAUGUUUUGAAUGUGCAUCUGCUUGGAUUUUAAACACCCUCGAAUUUCAGUACUUAGUUUUCUAGAAAACUAGUUUUCGAUGAGGAUGCCAUUGUCUUUUUACAUAUUUAAGUGAAGAGUAAAAAAAAAAUAUUUCAGUCUACCAAUUGGAGAAUUAUUAAUGUUCUCUGGAAGCUUGGAAGCUUUUCUGUCAUUAUUUUUGAUGUUCUUAAUCAUAUGACCCAUGUUACAUGUACAAUGUUUUAGUUUCUCUUCAUAAAGCUUUUAGAUUACAAGGGAAUAAGAGUUAAAAUUAAAACAGUUAUAAUUAUAACUAAAACAGAGCAUAUUGCAGUGCACAAUGUUGCUUCCUACCUCUUUUUGUUUUUACCAAUAUUUUCAUAUGAUUAGAAAUGUUGGGCUCCUUUCUUUUGACAUCCUUCGAGUUUCCAUCUGAUCAACAAUAAGGACAAUAUUUUGUGUUUUUUGGCAGAUUGGUUCUUGUCAGGUGCAGUUGUGUCUUUCCUGUUAAUUUUACAAAUUAAAAGUUUUUAUACAUUUA